AUGUGUGAAACUAGGUUGAAGUUGCAAGUAGUUCUAAUAGUUUUAUGUAUGGUAUAUAAAGGACUCCAAGCUGUGGAUGAUUCUCUUUUGUUCACUGUAACUCGUGCACCUAGGUACUUUGGAAUCCUACAGGAUCACCGCGGGCAACCGCUCUCUGUUGAAGUGUCCGAGGAGUAUAUGGACCAGGACUACAUAGCGACCAACAGAAAUCCGCUCGACAUGGAUGACUUUGACGACGACGACACAGAAGAGUUAGCAGAUGAAAAAGAUAAGGAUAUCAAAAUCCCCAAUAAAUAUAACCUACAAGCGGGUCCUGUAUAG